GUGCAGUGUGACUCCUACCAGCUGUUUCCCGCCUUGAAAGCCAUCCGAUCAGCUGCAUACACACACACACACACACACACACACACACACGGUCAUGCAGAGAGAAAAGCAAAGGGGAGGGAGAGAGAAAGAGAGAGAGAGGUAGAGCGCCACACACAACGAGGGAACCCCAUCAGCUGGAAGUCGAGUAACAUUACAACUCUCAGCAGCCUCAAACUACUACAUUACACAGACAGGGGGGGGGGUUCAUAUCUUCUUUAAAGGAUUUAACUCGCGGCGGAUCACGGGUUUUUUUUUUGUUGCUCUCUAACGUCAUCAUCUUUCUUUUAUUCUACGGAGACUGUUUUGCUUGUGUGACUGUUUUUUAAGGGGGGUGGGGGGGUUUGAUCAAACUGGCGAGAGGCGAGCAUGGAGUAUUUCAUGGUACCAGCUCAGAAGGUGCCCUCCUUGCAACAUUUCAGGAAAACGGAGAAAGAAGUGAUCGGAGGUCUUUGUAGUCUGGCCAACAUUCCUCUAACCCCAGAAACAGCCCGGGACCAAGAGAGGCGAAUUCGCAGAGAGAUCGCCAACAGCAACGAGCGUCGGCGUAUGCAGAGCAUCAAUGCCGGAUUCCAGUCACUUAAAACACUUAUCCCACACAGUGAUGGGGAGAAGCUCAGUAAGGCUGCCAUCCUGCAACAGACAGCAGAGUACAUUUUUACUUUGGAGCAGGAGAAGACACGGCUACUGCAGCAGAAUAGUCAGCUCAAACGAAUCAUACAAGAGUUAAGUGGUUCCUCCCCUAAGAGAAGGCGUGCAGAGGAGAAAGAUGAAGGGAUUGGUUCACCAGACAUCCUAGAGGAGGAAAAGACUGAGGACUUGAGGAGGGAGAUGAUUGAGUUAAGGCAGCAGCUGGAGAAAGAGCGCUCUGUCAGGAUGAUGCUGGAAGAUCAGAUGCGUUCCCUGGAUGCUCAGUUGUACCCAGAGAAACUGAAGGCAAUUGCUCUGCAGCUCCAGGAUCAGCAGGCCCAAACACAGAGCCUCGUUCAUCUGCAGCAGCACAAGCAGCUGGAGAGGGACCUUACUCCAGUCCACAGCCCACAGGUUUUGGCCCCAGCUACUCCACCUGCACCUACACACCAUGCCACGGUCAUCGUCCCCGCACCUGUCCAGCCUCCCCUCCCCCAUCACGUCACUGUGGUAACCAUGGGCCCGGCAUCAGUUAUCAAUACAGCGUCAACAUCUCGACAGAACCUGGACACCAUCGUUCAAGCAAUCCAGCACAUCGAGGGCACCCAGGGAAAGGCUUGUGUCGGCGAGGAAGAGCAGCGGAGGGCGGUCAUCGUCACCUCGGGUCGCGUCCUCUCUGACGCGGCAGGCUCCGACACGGCCUCAAACAGCGACGGGCCUGACGACUGUUCACUGCCCUGAGUUGACCCCUGAUGCCUCACACGCCGUACACUUACAUACACACACACACUCUCACGCACUCAAAAGGGCCAAGCUGACCACGGCUGCAGGAGGCGACAAACCCAUAGCACUCUUGUUCAGUGGACAUUAAUAGGGCUGGUAGGCAGAUUGAAGCACUUGUUUUUUGGUUCUUUUCAUCACACACUCUUACGUGUUGUACCAUGAUAGGCAGCCCAAAUAGGUUUACACUUAGAUAUUCAUACAUGCAAACUCUUCUGUGUCUUUUCUCUGCUUAUCUCUAGCUCCCUGCUCUCUCACUCGCUCACACACAAACUCACGUCUGUUCAUUAAUCUAUAGAAAAAGUUAUUAGUGCAACCACUUUCACCGACUGAUGUACAAAUGCUCGGUCAUACUGGAUGCUAGAAUUUCGAAUGUCUGCUAAAAAAUCACCGGGACUGUUCUCUUUAUCUCGUCCCUGAAGCCAUGUGACUGAUUCACGAAACAGGAGACAAAGUCAAUGAAGAGCCCAGCAGUGUGGCGUCAGGGUCAUCACCACCCAACACCAGAGCAUUUUUUUGUUAAAGAUGAACAUCCUUUUUAAUCUCCUUCUCUGAGCUGUUUGGAGAGACACUGUGAGCUAACAAGACUGUCUCAUAUCUGGUAUGAAAGAAUAUGUUCUUUUACUCUUGUGAAGUCUACUUUUUUUAUGUUUUUGUUUCUCCAAGGCUCCAUCAGCCAGCAAGUUAAAGUGAUUGUACUGGGGAAAAAAGCCGUUUUCAUGGCUGACUGAUUCUCACAGGAUAUGAAGCGAAGCUCAGGAGAGAGAGUGCUUACUCCACAACUUUUUUUUUUUUUCCAUUUGUUUGUUUACAUUUUUACUGGGCUGGGUUCCCAGUAAUCCCACAUAUGUAUCUGGCAUGUUCUUUUUUUUAUUCAUGGCCUGACAUGAAAACAAAAAUCAGUGCUUUGACUUUUCUUGACACCUUCCCUUCUAAAAUAGAAAAAGCACCUGGCUUGUUAAAUAAGCUAAUCUGUGGACACUCUUGAGUGAUUCCCACUGGUGUGUGUGUUUGUUUGUGUGUGUCCCUUUUUAGCGUUCUGAAUCAGCAGGGCCCAGUGGUGUCCCAGACUCUGGCAGUCUGCAGUAGCGCCACUUUUGCCUUGAAAUUGACGCACAAGUGUAUGUACACACAGCACUCACGCAUACAAAUACAACUGACAUACAAUCACUUGUUCGCUCAAUCUUAAGGGCUGGUUUUAUUUAGCCCUUAGCAAUGUAGUUUCUUGUCCAAAUGUUGGGACAUCUAUCAAAGCAGAGUAUACGUCAAACACAAGCAAAAUUCCCAGUGAAAUUGAAUGUGCCAUGGAGGUGACUAGGUUGACCACACAUGCUCUAUGCAUUUCCUUACAUAUAUCAUUUGUCCUUUUGUAAGCUUUUUGCCUGGCGUACCAUGCUAUUUACAUGUUUCUGCUUAGAUCAUACGUUAAUUGUGCUUUUUUAUUUGCCUGGAACUGUUGGUUAAGACAUGUAGCUGAGGGAGGCAGCAGCUUGCCUUACUAAUAGCCUCGUGGGUGCAGGGAGGCACUGUGAAGCCAGCCUUAACACAGCCCUGGGGUCUCAGAAACGUACCUGAACACUUGAUCUGGGCCGUCUGGCGGCCACUGGAAUCCUUGUAAACACCUGGGGUGUGUUUAGAAUAUAUAUUCCCAGUUAUUUUGUCUAUUUUACUUAUCGUUUGUUUUUGCUAUGUUUGUCUCAAAUAUGAACAGGUUGCUGGUUUACUAAUAACAGUCAAGCACUCCUGAUAUUUUUUCUCGUUACAUGUAGAUUUACAACCGUUUUGGCCCCUUCAUGUGCACUAUUAAAAUUAAAAUUCGAUCUGUGGGGGAAAAAAAUCCACAAUCAAAUGCUGACAUUCCAUAAAUUCUUGUCAGAAUUAUUAUUUUUUUUGUAUCGGGUUGCUUUUGGUAUAUUUACGGUUACAUUUAAACUUGUCAUUAGAGUCCCCUGCUACAAUGCAUAGAAGGAACUUUGAACUGCUGGACAGAAGGUGUUCAAUUGAACACGACUCAUCUAUCAUGAUUCAUGUCAUGGAACUGCCCUUUAAAAAAUAUUGAUGUCAGCUGCACUGAAAUCAGUGACGCGUCUGUCAAAUUAAAUCAUGGGAAUUUUUCCGAGUACUUAUCACUAUAGGAAGGGGAUACCUGGAUAUUAUACAUGUGGUUUGAAAAUUCUGCUUUUUGUAGAGCCCUUGCUUUUUCCUCCGAGUCUCUGCAUUUUAUUUACAACUGUUUUAUUUCCAUCAGUUUUACUUUACACUCUGUUCUGUGUGUUAGGAAACGUUACAUGGACAUAUCAGAUUGUCAGAUGAGCGGGGUGGGCCUGGGGAACAUUAAAUGGGCUCAAGAUUACAAAGCACUUACUGUACUAUACUGGAGUCCGCCUCCUUUUUUUUGUAUAAAGGGGCAUCUCCUCAGCUGAAGCUCUUGAGGUUAUGAGUAAAAACCGCACAGCUGUGUAUCCCCCUUUCCCUCUAUGUCCAGUCCUACAUCUUGUCCUGUUCACCCCUCAUAUCAUCUUUUUUUUAUUUUAUUUUUUUUUAGUUUUUCUGCUAAAACCUUUUUUUGUCUUUGUUUAUCUAUUGUCAGUAUCUCUUGUCUCCCUUCACAUUUUGCAGCUCCCUCUUCUUCCUCUCCUUUUGUUUGUUCUCUUUUAACUUUUUUUUUGUUAGACCUGUCAGUGCAUACGGUCAUCAACAAGCUAUUUUGUUGUUUUGUUGUUGUUGUUGUUGUUUUGUUUUUUCAAGAGAGAAAUGUUUUGGGGAUAAAGAGGCUUGUGCCUUUGUAAAGACAGAAUAAUAAAGUUUGUACUUUGUUUUUUACGCAUUGGG